AUGGAGAGCUUCGACCUCACCAACGGACCCCCCGAAAUCCAAGCCUACACCACUCCAAUGAUCUGCCUAAACCUCUAUAAUAACGCCUCCUGGCUCUACGUCUACUUCGGUAUGAUCUACCGCUCCAUCAAAGACAAGUCCUACGCCAUGCCCCUCUACUCUCAAUGUCUCAACAUCGCCUGGGAACUAACCUUCGGCCUCAUGUUCAUCCACGACUGGAAGGUCUGCGCGACCUUCCUCGUCACCGUGCCCCUAAACUGCAUUGUCGUCUGGGCGGCCAUCUCCCACGGUGCACGAGAGUGGGACCGCUCCCCCCUGGUACAGCGCCAUCUCCUCUGGUACUAUGUGGUCGGGACGGCAGUCUCUGUUGCGCUGCAUCUGUGCGCAGCCUCAGAGCUGGGAACUGAGAAGGCGUUCUUCAUCAACGCGAUUGUGUGCCAGGCGGUGCUGAGCGUGGGAUAUCUUGGGAACUUAAUCCACCGGGGAAGUACGAGGGGAUUUGCGAUGGAUUUGUGGUUCUUCCGCUUCUCAGGCUCCCUAACCCUCGUCCCCGAAUUCUACCUGCGCGUGAAAUACUGGCCCGAGAAGUUCGGUUUCCUGGGCCAGCCCCUCAUGCUCUGGUGCUGUGCUGCCUUCCUCGGCUUUGACCUGCUCUACGGGAUCUGUUUUUGGUACAUUCGGCGCCAGGAACGCGAGACGGGGAUGCUGCUUGCUGAUGGGCGGAAGAGGAAGUGA